UGAUGUGGUGCCAGAAAAAAAUGUCUAACCGGAAGUCCACAGUGACAGACGAAAGUGAAAAGUGAAGAGCAACGGGCUGCACUUGGAAAGUUAAAAGUACACUUUGCUACAAUUUCCAGAGACGAGCAUCUAAUCGAAAUAUAUUCUUAUCAUGACAUCCAUCUCAGGUGACAGUGAUAAAGAGAAGCUGCGCGCUGUGUCAGUCGACUUGAAUAUCGACGCUUCUCUCAUCAUUGAUAUCCCUGACGCCCUUUGUGAACGUGACAAAGUCAAAUUCACCGUUCACACCAAGACUACACUUAGUUCCUUUCAGAAGCCAGAUUUUUCUGUGUCACGUCAACAUGAAGAUUUCAUUUGGCUUCAUGACACUAUUGUUGAGACUGAGGACUAUGCUGGCUUCAUUAUCCCUCCUGCCCCACCAAAGCCUGACUUUGAGGGUCCCAGAGACAAGAUGCACAAGCUGGGAGAGGGGGAAUCCAGCAUGACAAAGGAGGAAUAUGCAAAAAUGAAGCAGGAACUUGAGGCGGAAUAUCUUGCUGUUUUUAAGAAGACCGUGCAGGUUCAUGAAGUUUUUCUCCAGAGACUUUCCUCCCACCCCAUCUUAAGCAAAGACAGAAACUUCCAGAUAUUCCUGGAAUACGACCAGGAUCUCAGCGUAAGGAGAAAAAAUGCCAAGGAAAUGUUUGGUGGAUUCUUUAAGUUUGUGGCGAAGAAUGCCGAUGAACUCCUCGUUUCAGGGGUCAAGGAGGUUGAUGAGUUUUUCGAACAGGAGAAGACAUUCCUGUUAGAUUAUUCUGGAAAAAUCAAAGAUGCCACUACUAAGGCUGAGAAAAUGACCUCUUCACACAAAAACGUUGCUGAUGAUUAUAAUCAUAUUUCUGCGACUCUGAACAGCACUGCUGCAGACAACAACACCGUCUUGAAAAAGCACUUAGAAAAAGUUGCUGAAGUGUUUGAAAAGCUUAGAAAACUGGAGGACCGAGUGGCAUCAGAUGAGGAGCUUAAACUAACAGAGCUGCUGAGAUAUUACACCAGAGACAUUCAAGCAGCCAAGGACCUUUUGUACAGACGGGCACGGGCACUCUCCGAUUACGAGAAUUCCAAUAAAGCUCUUGACCGGGCUCGUCUGAAGGGUAAAGACAUUGCACAGGCAGAGGAGAACCAGAAGCAGUGUCUGCAAAAGUUUGACAAGCUCUCGGAGUCUGGCAAGAGAGAGCUUACCAGCUUCAAGUCAAGGCGUGUAGUGGCCUUCCGCAAGAAUUUGAUUGAGAUGGCUGAACUGGAGAUAAAACAUGCCAGGAACAGCGUGUCUCUUCUGCAGGGAAGCAUAGAGACGCUCAAGAGCAACUGAGUCACAAGAUGAAAUCACUGGAGUAUCUUCAGCACCUCGUAUUGUUACUGACCAUAUAAUGAGUUGAUCCUGGAUGUGCCUACUUUACAUGGUCCGAAUAUGGCUCAGUUACCACUCUAAAACCCUGAGAUCACCAUGAGCAGAAUGUCUUUACCAUGUUUACACUUGUGUCCCUUUUAACUGCCAGAAUCUUGCAAUAUCUGACUGAGGGCAGUGACUUUUUCCAUGGUUGUGUUCGCACUUAAAAGCUCUUUAAAUUUUUGUCUGUUAUGUUGAUUUGUCAUUAAUGCAAAUUCAUGCCAUCUUCUUUCUUUUUAGGUUUUGCUUGUAUCCGCUGAGAUAUCUUAGUUCAGAUUACACUGACAUAUAUAAACACUUACACAGACAGAGUAAAAUGUGCUAUUUUUUCACGAGCAAGUUAUGACUGCAGUUUUGUACCCUUCAAAUGUGAUGAUUCAUUUGUCUUUUGCAUUAACAUCGAAAAGUUGCUAGAUGCUCAUAAACUUUAACAAAAAAAUAAAACACUUGUAUGUGUUGUGCGUGUUUGACAUGGAUGAUUUGUCAAAUAGGCUACAAGUCUCUUCAAAAUAUACAAUACAGUGGAUAAACAUUUCUCAUGACAAUUUGUCUGUUUAGUCAACAGUCAUCCAAAGACCCAAUCCCUCACAUUAGUAAAAAUGAAUGUGAAAUGGGAAUGCUAUGGUAUUAAUUCACAAUCAAAUUCCAUGUCAAUUUGCACUCUGCCGAGGCAAUCGAUGUGCUGCCAUAUUAAAUCUGUUAAUUUUGUAAUUUCACUUUUAUGUUUUAGAUAAGUGAAAAAUUGACUGACCCUGAUGUUUCUGCUUUUAAUAAGGCAAUUCUCUAUUAUCUGUUAUUAUGACAUGUUUUGGUAAAGGCUGAAAAGCCAUGAAUAAGAUGGUGCUUAUAUGUCUGUGUGUGCGUUCUUCACAGGGGAACUGCCUGUUGCCCCUGUGACUAAAUUUGGAUUAUACAUGGAUAUUUUUUUCAUCUAGUUAAGUAUAAACAAAUAUUCUUUUAUUUGCUUUAUUGUGCAUGAUCAAAUGAUUUCUUUUUCUGUUGUCACUGAUACUAACAGUCUAGAACUAACUACAUUUAAAGUCAAUGGACCAAAAUUUGUGUAAUGUUUGGUUUUGUGUAGUGCCACAAAAAAAUGUGUAUGCCAUGAUGGAAAUUAUAUUUUGUAAAAGCUCAGAAAUAUACAAUUCUAAAUGAAUGUAUAGGUUGAAAUGUCUUUUCUUAUAAAAUUUUUUGAAAAAACUUGCAAUAAUUAAAUAUACCUUGCUUUCUCA